AUGAGUUACUGGAGCCUUGAGAAGCGGAGUUGUAUGCAGUACUGCAGACACUUUUUGGUGGACAACAGCGUGUUUCAUGUGGAAAGAUGCAUGAGUGUAAUGCAGUCGGGGACGCAGAUGAUCAAACUGAAGAACGGAACCAAAGGGCUGGUCCGACUCUUUUUCCUGGAUGAACACCGGACCUGCCUCCGCUGGCGACCGUCCAGGAAGAGCGAGAAGGCAAAAAUAAUUAUCGAUUCCAUCUACAAAGUCACCGAGGGUCGGCAGUCUGAAAUAUUCCAUCGCCAGGCAGAAGGGAACUUUGAUCCGAGUUGCUGCUUCACCAUCUACCAUGGGAACCACAUGGAGUCCCUGGACCUCAUCACGUCCAAUCCCGAGGAGGCCCGGACCUGGAUCACGGGCCUGAAGUACUUGAUGGCAGGGAUUAGUGAUGAAGACUCCCUUGCCAAGAGACAGAGGACGCAUAACCAAUGGGUGAAGCAGACCUUUGAGGAAGCUGACAAAAAUGGAGAUGGCUUAUUGAACAUUGAAGAGAUCCACCAGUUGAUGCACAAACUCAACGUCAAUCUGCCUCGCAGAAAAGUCAGGCAAAUGUUUCAGGAGGCAGACACAGAUGAGAACCAAGGGACCUUGACGUUUGAGGAGUUCUGUGUGUUCUACAAAAUGAUGUCAUUGAGACGUGACCUCUACCUACUCCUCUUGAGCUACAGCGACAAGAAGGAUCACUUAACCGUGGAAGAACUUGCUCAGUUUCUGAAGGUGGAACAAAAGAUGCAUAACGUUACGACCGAAUAUUGUCUUGACAUUAUAAGGAAAUUUGAAGUUUCUGAAGAAAACAAGGGGCAGAACAUUCUUGGCAUUGAAGGCUUCACGAGUUUCAUGCGCAGCCCUGCUGGUGACAUAUUUAACCCUCUUCAUUGUGAGGUGUAUCAAGACAUGGACCAGCCGCUGUGCAACUACUUCAUUGCUUCGUCUCACAACACGUACCUGACUGGAGACCAGCUCCUCUCACAGUCCAAAGUCGACAUGUAUGCCCGCGUGCUGCAGGAAGGGUGCCGUUGUGUGGAAGUUGACUGCUGGGAUGGGCCGGAUGGAGAGCCAGUGGUGCACCACGGUUACACCCUCACGUCCAAGAUCCUCUUCAGAGACGUUGUGGAAGAGAUCAAUAAACAUGCCUUCUUGAAGAAUGAGUUCCCGGUGAUAUUGUCUAUUGAGAAUCACUGCAGUAUCCAGCAGCAAAAGAAGAUUGCUCAAUAUCUCAAGGAAAUAUUUGGUGACAAACUGGACUUGUCAUCUGUAGAGCCAGAAGAAUCGAAGCAGCUCCCUAGUCCUCAAAGUUUAAAAGGCAAAAUCCUAGUGAAGGGUAAGAAAUUGCCAUUUCACCUUGGGGAAGAUGCUGAGGAAGGAGAAGUUUCGGAUGAAGACAGUGCGGAUGAAAUCGAAGAUGACUGCAAGUUCAAGCUCUGUUAUAAUAACGGGACAACCGAGCACCAGGUGGAAUCUUUCAUAAGGAAAAAACUGGAGUCACUGUUAAAAGAAUCUCAAAUCAGGGACAAAGAGGAUCCUGAUAGUUUCACCGUGAGAGCCCUAUUGAAGGCAACCCAUGAAGGCUUAAGCGUGCAUCUGAAACAGAAUCCAGAUGUGAAAGAGAGAAGAAAGAAAUCCCAUGGACGAUCUAUAAUGAGCAACUUUGGAAAACAUAAGAAAACUUCUAAAUCCAGGCCCAAAUGUCACAGCACAGAUGAUGAUGAAGAAGGGCAGCAAAAUUCCUCUGGAAAGGAAAGUGGUCAGCUGUACAGGCUGGGCCGUCGAAGGAAAACCAUGCAGCUAUGCCGGGAUCUCUCUGAUCUGGUGGUCUACACCAAUUCCGUGGCUGCCCAGGACAUCGUGGAUGAUGGCACUACCGGAAACGUGUUAUCGUUCAGCGAAACAAGAGCUCAUCAGGUGGUGCAGCAGAAAUCCGAACAGUUCAUGAUUUACAACCAAAAACAGCUCACGAGGAUUUACCCGUCAGCCUACAGGAUCGAUUCCAGCAACUUCAAUCCCCUACCCUACUGGAAUGCCGGUUGCCAAUUAGUGGCGUUGAACUACCAGUCGGAUGGGCGCAUGAUGCAAUUGAACCGAGCCAAGUUCAAGAUGAACGGCAAUUGUGGCUACGUGCUCAAACCCCAGCAGAUGUGCAAAGGUACGUUCAACCCUUUCUCUGCUGAUCCACUUCCUGCCAAUCCGAAGAAGCAGCUCAUACUAAAAGUGAUCAGUGGACAGCAGCUCCCCAAACCUCCAGAUUCCAUGCUCGGAGACCGAGGAGAGAUCAUCGAUCCAUUUGUUGAGGUGGAAAUCAUUGGUUUGCCUGUGGAUUGCUGUAAAGAUCAGACCCGAGUGGUGGAUGACAAUGGCUUCAACCCUGUCUGGGAAGAAACUUUGACAUUUACCAUACACAUGCCGGACAUAGCCUUGGUUCGGUUUCUUGUUUGGGACCACGAUCCGAUUGGAAGAGACUUUGUUGGUCAAAGAACUGUCACCUUCAGCAGCCUUGUUCCCGGCUAUCGACAUGUGUACUUGGAAGGGCUAACAGAAGCAUCCAUAUUUGUUCAUAUAACGAUCAAUGAAAUCUAUGGAAAGUGGAGUCCUUUAAUACUCAACCCCAGUUAUACUAUAUUGCACUUACUAGGAGCCACAAAGAAUAGGCAACUGAUAGGUCUGAGAGGGCUAUUCAAUAAGAAUCCCAAGCACAGUUCUUCUGAAAGCAAUUCCCAUUACGUCCGGAAGCGUUCCAUUGGUGACCGAAUUCUGCGACGUACCGCCAGUGCUCCAGCCAAAGGCCGGAAGAAGAGCAAAAUAGGCUUCCAAGAAAUGAUGGAAGGAAAAGAUAAUAUGAUUGAGGCCAGCGGUGCCAGAGAGAAAGAUGGCGUGCUUCGGAGAACCACAAGGAGCCUACAGGCACGUCCAGUAUCUAUGCCUGUGGAUAAAUGUUUCCUUGGGGGAUUGUCACCAUCCCUGGGGGAAAUCGUGAAAGAAUCAAAAGGAAAAGAAAACACAUUUGAACAUAGGGAUGGUGCAAGAAAUGGAAGGACACAUAAAAAAGAGCCAGGAUUUGCCAAACUUGAUCAAAAACGAUUGCCCCACCGUUCCGCUCCUCGCCCCGAAGAUCCCAGCACAGUGGACCCUGGUGUUUCCCGUGCUGAGGUGCAAACAAUAUCAGACUCGCUAGCAAGAGACUUUUCAGGGAGAAGAUCCCAACCUAAACUGUUGUUGAAAACACAGGAACGCCUUCAUCCCCACCAACAGAUGUCUCCAAGGCAGCAUUCCAGGACAGGACCCGAGAAAGAACUAUUCAAAGCCGUGUGUGGGACAGAAAACAAGAAGGAAGGGAGUCCUUCUGUUUCCAACCAAACCAAAAGAACAAUUUCAGGAAAUUCCCUAUCUCAGAGUGAACUGGAAAUUAAAAGUAGAGAAGGGGAUGCAAUUCAGGAGAGUUUUGUGACCUCUUUUUCACUGUCGGAUAUCUCUGCCGUCUGCUCCGACGGACAUGACUUACACUCCACUGCCGUCAUGCAGGAGACUGACAUCUCUCGCCUGAUUGACGAAGUCACUCUGACAGAUGAGAGCCAACUGGGCAGUUCAGUCUCAGCACUGAUUGGCCAAAUGGACGUCACCGACAACCGGACCGAUCUCACCGUUGUCUCAAGUCUUCAGAGUACCGGCGGUCAGACCUUCAGCGCGAUGCCUGGACUUACUCCAUUCCUUAGCCUGGGCCCCAAAACGCCCCAUGGGAAUACAUUUCCUAAUGGCAAACCUGUGGUCCCCUGGCGACAUUCAUCCCUCGAGACCACAGUCUUCUCCAGUCCCGAGACCACAGAAUAUUCUACGUACACCACUGUCCACGAAGCUGCACCCACAGCAGUCUCAAAAUGCCACCUGGCAGACCGACCCAUUUGCAAGAACAAGUUGAAACACACAGGCGGCAGCGGAAUGUCAGAGUCUUUUGGCACUCCUCGCUUUCGUCACCUCAGUCCCCAGUUUAAUCGUGACAGAGUUUGGAAAACCUUCGAGGAUUGCAGCCCCUCAACUUCGGACGACGUGACAUCGGAGGAUCACCCCCCGGGUCUUAAUUCCGGAGAGAGCAGUCUCGUGGAAGUCGAAGGGGAUUCGGAAGACCUCCUGAUAACAACUUACGAAUACGGGAGAGACGAUGCGAGAGAGAUCGCCUCUCCUUUGAAACUGAAGCGGCGCAACUGGCCAUUGGACCCCUCUGAUCAAAGAAGCUUGGAGAAUGGCUUGUCUCACGACGCCCCUCCCACUCGCGCCCUUGACGUUGCUACCAUCCGAGCCAUAAAGAAUCGCAGUAUUUCCUGUCCGGCUUAUCAGAGCGUCGGCUUUGUGCAUAACGGUUACCUGCAGACUUCGGGUGGGAAGGCUGGCCCAUCAUGCAUGCCCCUAGGGACCAGUGCUCACGCUGUGCCCGCUCUUUCAUCCAGUAUCUCACCACCCUACCCUCCUCCUGCAGCACUAAAGCAGCCGAGCCCUGGAAAGUCGAAAAGCCUUGGAGAUUUGACGUCAGAAGACAUCUCUUGCAAUUUUGAAAGCAAGUACCAGUGCAUCAGUAGGAGUUUCAUCACAGCCGGCAUGAGAGACAAGAGGAUUGUAGCUGUGAAAGCUAAGAGACCACCAUCCACUGACACUCUGACAGAGCAGUUGAGAAGACUCGUGUCCUUUGACCAAGAAGACAGCUGCCAAACUCUGUGUUCUAAAGAGGAGGAGAGUGACUGUCCCAAGGCAUUAGUCAGAAAGCUGUCAUCCAGGAGUCAGAGCAGAGUGCGGAAUAUCGCCAGCCGGGCCAAGGAGAAGCAGGAAGCCAGCAAGCAAAAAAAUGGGCACUCUAGCAACGUUGGCGGGGUCGUUCUUAGAAACAAACCCUUGGCGGCCCCUCCUGCCAUAAAUAGACACUCCACCGGCUCCUACAUAGCGGGCUAUCUAAACAACCUGAAAGGUGGAGUGCUUGAAGGCCGUGGGAUCCCAGAGGGCUCCUGCAAUUCACUGAGAUACGGUGGCUUUGACCAGUUUUGCACAGACCAUUCCGUUUUUCAGACUGAGCCAAGCGGCGAGGAUAAACCAGAAAUUUAUUUUCUUUUGCGACUGUAAACUGUACGGAGCUACCUUUUCAAUGUUUACAAGCCGUUCCCUAGAAUCCAAGCUUUUCAGUGAGAAGUGUUGUGCUCCCUGCCGAAACUGUUUAGAAAUGCCAUUUCGAAGCUUGUGUCCUGGUCGUCCCUCGAUCGAAUGCGUGUUUCCCGUUGAGGAGAUGUAAACAGAUCUCGUGGUCCCCCUUGUUCAUGUAUGAUAUUUAGGUGGGUGUUGUGAAGUGAACGAGUCAUGGAAAGUUUGCAUGUCGUAGAUGUGAAGACUCUCAGCAACGUAGGUUUGUUAUGCAUGUGAAUUUGAACUGCAGAGCUCUUCCGGACAUUUGGUGCCCAUGUACAAAAUAUUGCAAAAAAAAAAUACAAUAACUAGCUUUCCUCCUACCCCAUCCCCCACUCUAAUCCUACAUUGCCGUGUCAUGAGAGAGUUUGAAAAGGGGAUAAUUUUGAAAGUUUUCAUCUCUGUCUUCACCUGUUGCUGGGGAGAACGGAGAUGCUUUCUUGUAUUUUUGAGAGAACGGCUGAUUUGUAGUUCAGCUUCCAGAAACUUAAAGGGGGACAAACAAAUGAACACUUGCGUGUACCUUCUCCCCUAACCUCCCCACUCAGAUUAAGGUAAGAGAGAUCUUGGAAACUGGGACCCGAUUUUCUCCCAGGAUUUUCCAGUUCUCCCAGUUAAACGGUCAUUUGGGGGCGAAGAGGGAGGAAAGGUAACUAGAGAAAUUCUGUAUAUAAAAUUGAGAAAAUAUUUGUUUUACACACAUUUUGUUACAUAUUUUUGCUACUGGCUUUGUAUGUAACUGAAACACAGUGGUCGAGGUGAUGUGAUAACUUUGUAACUCCCUGACUACAUCAUGGAAAGUGAGGAAUGGCUUGAACGAAUAAAGGGUUUCAUUCAAGAAAAAUAAAAUGCAAUCUUCCCAGAUGAUUCCAAGGGGAAAGAAAAUAGUAUUUUCAUGUUGAUGCUGAAGACUAGUAAAUUGAUUGGAAACCUCUUCCUUCUAGGGAGCCAAGUUAGCCAUAUUUUAAGGACAAAAAUGCUUUGCUUUCACUGUGGUCACAUUUCCUGUGGUAUGUAAAAGAUUUACCUCCUCUUUAGUUUUUGUAACAUCAACUAAUGUUAUUCAUGGGAUUGGUAAAAGCAUAAUUAAAAGAGAUUUU